AUGGCCUCAUUUUCCUCAAAUUCAGAUUCAUCUUCUAAUGAAGGAAAUCAUGUGUCUGUGUUUUGGGGUUGUGAAUUGAAUGCCACCACCCGGAGAUGUGUCGUGAAAGAAGAUGAUGACUUAUUAGAACACUUGGUAUAUUUGAGGACGGUCGCCCUGGGUGAAGAUGCUGAUGAUGAGACCCAUGUGGUGGCUGUUGAAUCAAGAAAUAUGGCCAGUGUUCCUGAGCCAGUACCGAUUGUAUCGUUGAAACAUUCUGUCUUACCAAUGGUUUGUCUUGAAGGCAUUGAAUUACUUCCCCCAGUUUCUUUUAUCCUAAAAUCAGGAAUGGGUCCAGUAUAUCUCAACGGGCAGCACCUGAUCUUGGAGGAUGACUCCGACUACGAGCCGACGGAUGAUGAAAUUCCAGAUGAUGCUGAUGUUGAUGACAACAGCUUUGAUGACGAAGAAGAACUACCAAGUCCGGAGAUGCCAGCUAAAGAGACAUCGAAUCAAAUUUCCUAACUGCAUCUGAAGGAGACCUGCCAAAGAAUCGAGUUUGGAUUGGUUCCUGCCAAUGGAUUAUUCUAAAGAAGCCUGAUUAAAAAUGUAUUGCAGUAAAAGCUGUUGUUUGCUUGUGGGUCUACCACAGUCUCCUUUUUGGAUGGGUGGUUGGGAAAGGGAGAUGCUAAAAUUGUCACCAAUGACCUGGGGUUUUUUUUUUUUUUAAUAGUGUGACUCAAGCAUAUGUUAUUUAUCAGAUUCAAGCAAGCAUGCUGUGGAACUGGGUAACACUUUUCAUUGUCCACAUUCAUGGACAAUGGUGGUCAUCAUCAAGGUUGUGAUGGGAUAGAGGUCUAGGAUCUCACUUGGCAAAAUGGGUUGGACAGUCCUAAUUGCAGCAGGACAUG